UGAUGCACGCAGGGUGUUAUCAUCCACCCUGGUGGAAGGCAAGCAGGUUCACAUGCUGGUAAAGAAGACCAGAUGCAGUGGUAGAUGCUGGAAAACGACAACAGCUGCAAAGAUCUCGUUGGCGACGAAGAGCUAUUUGCAACGGUACUUUCACGGACCGGAAGUUGGCAGUCAGUCUUUACACGGCACCACUGCAGAUAACGUUAAAUCCGCUUGGCAAUAUCCCUUCAUUUUGAAGUGCUACCCUUCAUUUUGCAGUAUUCAUGCAUUCACGGCCGUCAGCAAAGCGCAUCCACUGCGUCUGUCACGAUUGAUUUCACCCAUAUCAGUGGCAGCUUACCCGGGCUGCCCGAAGCAGAAGGCUACCGCAUUGCGCUGCUGUUGCACCACGCAGUCAGCCAAGGAACCCAAGCCUUGGCGCUGCUGCACAUGGAUCACCGCACCGACUACACUGCCGGAUGCCGAUGGAAGCUUAUCCGCCGAGCAGUUCGAUCCGGAUGACCCCAUUCACGGCAAAGUGAACUUCCAGCUACUGGAGCUGAAGAAGUUGUGCCGGCAUCUACGCGUUCAGAUGUUGGUGGUUGAUUUUUCCAUGGGGAGUUUCCCGCCGUACCCAUAUUCUAUGCGCGGUGCCAAAGGCGACGAAGGUUGCAACCUGAUCAUCGCAAUUCCCGUUAUGGACCUUAUCGAGGACAACGAGAACGAAAGCAUAAAGUGUUUAAGCAAGCACUGGAGACACGCUGUCCACCUCUAUGGAACCAUGGAAUGUGGAGAUGCCGACGAGAUGCAAGGAUGGAAUGAUCAUUCAGUCAUUCUAGACUUGCGCAACUUUGACAACAUUCCGUUUGGAAAUCUCCAGUUGGCCAUUCUUGCCCAUUACUACCUCGACUAACUUGUUGUGUCUCUCCAACGACAUUUUGGUUUCCCGCUAGUUCAGGCGCGAGGUGGUUGGCCCUUACCUUGUUGAACUUUAAUGACAAAAGCGAAUUGCAUUUAACUUAGGUACGUACUUGAACGUAAUUGUUAGGUACUAGGAGUCUAGGAUUACUAGUUUUUUCUUGUUGGAAAUGUGAUAGUGGGCUGGUAA